AUGUUCUUCACCUGCGGCCCCAACGAGGCCAUGGUGGUCUCCGGCUUCUGCCGGAGCCCCCCGGUCAUGGUGGCCGGCGGCCGCGUCUUCGUCCUACCCUGCAUCCAGCAGAUCCAGAGGAUCUCUCUCAACACCCUGACCCUCAACGUCAAGAGUGAGAAGGUUUACACGCGCCACGGGGUCCCCAUCUCCGUCACCGGCAUCGCCCAGGUGAAGAUCCAGGGGCAGAACAAAGAGAUGCUGGCGGCCGCCUGCCAGAUGUUCCUGGGGAAGACGGAGGCCGAGAUCGCCCACAUCGCGCUGGAGACCCUGGAGGGCCACCAGCGGGCCAUCAUGGCCCACAUGACUGUGGAGGAGAUCUACAAGGAUAGGCAGAAGUUCUCGGAGCAGGUGUUCAAGGUGGCCUCCUCAGACCUGGUGAACAUGGGCAUCAGUGUGGUCAGCUACACCCUGAAGGAUAUCCACGAUGACCAGGACUACCUGCACUCCCUGGGGAAGGCUCGGACCGCCCAGGUCCAAAAGGAUGCACGGAUUGGAGAAGCGGAGGCCAAGCGAGAUGCUGGGAUUCGGGAGGCCAAAGCCAAGCAGGAGAAAGUGUCUGCGCAGUACCUGAGUGAGACUGAGAUGGCCAAGGCCCAGAGGGACUACGAGCUGAAGAAGGCCACCUACGACAUUGAGGUCAACACCCGCCGCGCUCAGGCCGACCUGGCCUACCAGCUGCAGGUGGCCAAAACGAAGCAGCAGAUCGAGGAGCAGCGGGUGCAGGUGCAGGUGGUGGAGCGGGCGCAGCAGGUGGCCGUGCAGGAGCAGGAGAUCGCCCGCCGCGAGAAGGAGCUGGAGGCCCGCGUGCGGAAGCCGGCCGAGGCCGAGCGCUACCGGCUGGAGCGUCUGGCGGAGGCCGAGCGGUCCCAGCUGAUCAUGCAGGCGGAGGCCGAGGCGGAGUCUGUGAGGAUGCGGGGGGAGGCCGAGGCCUUUGCCAUCGGGGCCCGGGCCCAGGCGGAGGCCGAGCAGAUGGCCAAGAAGGCGGAGGCGUUCCAGCUGUACCAGGAGGCUGCCCAGCUGGACAUGCUGUUGGAGAAGCUGCCCCAGGUGGCAGAGGAGAUCAGUGGUCCCUUGACCUCUACCAAAAAGAUCACGCUGGUGUCCAGCGGCAGUGGGGCCGUGGGGGCGGCCAAGGUGACGGGGGAAGUCCUGGACAUCCUGAGCCACCUGCCCGAGAGCGUGGAGCGGCUCACAGGCAUCAGCAUCUCCCAGGUGAACCACAAGCCUCUGCGAACAGCCUGA